AGUAAAUGCGCUCAUUGGUGUAACAUGUUGUAAAAUCGACAAAAGUUGAUUGUUUCGUAGCGUCAUUCCCUCCAUUUCUGAGAGCAACAUGUGUUAUAUAGAGCUAUGACAUUUGAAAACGGCUACAAACAAGAUGUGGAAAUGAAAUGGACUUAAGAUUGUAAUGAAGAAUGUAUUCUGUACACAUUGAUGCCCAAAAAAGAAGAAAUAAAGAUUUAGUCAGAAUAAUGGAGCAACAAGACGAAAGUAAAAAUAAAGCGAACCAAAAAAUUAUGCGCUACAGGAAUGCGCUGAUUAAAAAAGUUAUUGUUGUUAUCCUUGCUUUAAUAAUUGUUUGGAAGUUAUGGAUGUACAUUAAUUACACUGAAACCCCAGCCGAAGUUCCACCGCAACAAAAAGUGCAGACAGUUUCAAAAUGGGUGUAUGAAGAUCACAAGCAGGGCCUGACAGAAACUGGACUGAAACAGGUAUUGAGUGCUAUUGAUAAUGGAGAAAAGAUUGACAGUGGUCGGUCUGUUCAUGACCAGGAAAAAGAAACAAUAAAAAAGGUGGAGAAAUUUCCACUGAAAAAGGUGGAGAAACCAUAUACAAGCACUGGAAGUUUGACAUUCAAAGGAGGUAAAUUUUAUCUGGAUGGAAAAGUUUUCCGUAUUCUCAGUGGUGCCAUGCAUUAUUUUAGAGUCAUGCCAGAGUACUGGCAGGAUCGUAUGCGGAAAAUGAAAGCAUGUGGCUUGAAUACAUUGGAAACAUAUGUGUCCUGGAAUUCGCAUGAGGAACAGCCUGGUGUUUUCAAUUUUGGGGGAAUUCUAGAUAUAAGGAAGUACAUAGAGAUGGCUCACGAAGAGGGACUUUAUGUUAUCCUUCGUCCAGGGCCUUAUAUCUGCUCAGAAUGGGACUUUGGUGGCCUUCCAGCGUGGUUAUUGAAAGAUCCAAAUAUGAAGGUACGCAGUAACUACCCACCAUAUCAGACAGCUGUGGAGAGAUUCUUUAACAAACUUAUACCUCUUGUAGCUGAUUUACAGCAUAUACAAGGUGGACCAAUUAUUGCAGUGGCUGUUGAAAAUGAGUUUGGAUCAUACAGUAAUGAGGUGGAACAUUUAUUGUUCCUUAAACAGUUGCUGCUUAAAAAUGGUGUAAAGGAAUUGUUGUUUGUUGCUGAUGGCAUAGUAGGCAAGGAGCUGACAGGAUUCAAUGUUGCACCAUUCUAUGAUGAGACUUUACCAACUGUAAACUUUAUGAAGUUUCACCUUGGUGAGGUUCUGAUAGAGCAAGUGAAGUCGAUCAGUCCGGAAUUCCCGAUCAUGGUGAUGGAGUUUUGGGCCGGCUGGUUUGAUCACUGGGAACAUACACAUGCUUACUCCCUGGCUAAACAUUUAGGGUCGGACUUACAGAACAUACUGGAAUCUGGUGCUUCGGUGAAUUUCUACAUGUUCCAUGGAGGAACUAAUUUUGGUUUUACAGCUGGGGCAAACUGGUUCAAUAACUCCCACUAUAAACCAGAUGUUACUAGUUAUGAUUAUAUAGCGCCUAUAAGCGAAGCUGGAGAUCUGACACCAAAGUAUGAAAUUAUCCGAGCCAUACUGAAGAAAAUGGUGCUUGAACCUGAAGGUAUUACAGAUUUACCUACCCCACCUAGAAACUCUGACAAGGGGGAUUAUGGUCAAGUGUUUGUAGACCAGUACAUGCCAUUAGAAGAUAUGGUUACAUCUAUUAAGGCAAUAUCGUCAGACAAACCCGUCCCCAUGGAGAUGCUAGAUUUACACAAUGGAUAUGGUCAGAAUUUUGGCUUUAUUUUGUACAGGGCAUAUGUUCCUAAAGGAAAGAAACUGACAUUUACUGUACCUGCACAGGAUCGAGCGCAGGUGAUAAUGAAUGGGAAAGAAAUUGGUGUGCUGUAUUGGAAAUCAACAAGAUGGGAAAUUGAUAUUCCAGAAAAUGUCCUAGAUUCUGAGAACAUACUGGAUAUACUGGUUGAACAUCAUGGACGAGUUAAUUACGUCAUGAUGGGAUUUAACAGAUUCAAUGAGGAGAGUAAAGGUAUAACUGGUGAUGUGAAGCUAGAUGGAAGUGUAAUUUCUAACUGGAGAAUAUAUCCUAUGGAGUUUAAAGAAGAUUAUGUUAAUAGUAUGGCUGACAAUCAUAAGUGGAAGACAUUUACAAACUGGGAUGGUGGAGUAGCCUCCCUUUACACUGCCAAUCUGAGGAUAGAUGCUACGCCCAGAGAUACUUUCCUUAAUAUGAAGGGUUGGACAAAGGGUAAUGCAUUUAUCAAUGGCUUUAACCUGGGUAGAUACUGGAAAGAGGGUCCACAGAGAACGCUUUAUGUUCCAGCUCCUGUUCUUAAAACUGGAAAUAAUAAGAUUGUGAUAUUUGAGCUACACAAGGCUUCCCAUUCCAUGAUCUUCCAGGAUGUGCAUUUAACAAGCUGAUAUUAGUCAUCUUAGUUAAUUUAUUUUAUUUUUCUACAAAUAUUUGAGGGAUUUUUAACUGGUGCAAAUACGAAAGACUGGGAGAAAGCAAGGACUAGUUACGAGGGUAGAUAGAAAUCAGUGUGUAGACAGUUACGGUGAAAAAUAAUGAUAGCUGGAAAACCUCGCAAAAAUUUAACAGAAUCACAUUACAUUCCAGAUAUUGUAAGCUCUGUGGGACAUACUAAAAGUGUUCAACUUAGUUUGUUAUACUUCGUAUCAUUUUUAAGUUAAUUAGGAACAUGUCGGAUUUUUCUCCACAGCAAAAAGUCUACAUUGUUAGACUCCACUGUAAUCAGGUUUGACUGUAAGUUACAAAGCACAUGACUGGUGUAAUUGUUAUGAUGUAAGUUGCUAGUAUUUAUAGUAAAGAGAGAAGAUACUUUGCGAGAGACAAUUUUAUGACUUUUUGGGAGAGGUGAUAGUUUUUGAUGAUAGUAUUACAAGAUAACUACAGCAAGGGAGAGCAUUACAUAAAUUGCUUGUUUUUCUUUUCUAAUUUAAAUCCAUUGUGUGUGUGCAUUCUAGCCACAAUUCGCAGGCACAGUGCAAAAUGAUUGUAAAUUUGAUGAAAUAAAGAACAAGAUACAAUUGUUUUGCACUAAUCCCACAAUAUAUAAUACAGGAGCUCAGUAAACAAUAUAGAAUACAGGAGUUCUCUACUGGAAUAUUUCGUAGAGUAUUACUCUAAGUGCUACGUCUGUCUUCUCUUUUUUUCGAAAAUUUUUGAAUGUUUUUAUUGAAUGCUCCUCAAUGUGUUUACAUGUAUAUAUAUAAAUAUAACAUAUACAAUAGUUUUACCUGGAGAGCUCACAUUCUUUUUACUUUACUGAUAUUUGGUGCAUAUAUGAAGGUGUGUAGAAUUUGUGUAUUUACUAAUACCAAGUUAUAUAUUUUUG